GGUGGGUGGGGUGUUGUCAAGGAUAAUAGUGGAAUCAUAGAUAAUGAUGAAGCACAAAAACCUAAAAUCGCGGUGUAUUGCUGAUUGGUCUGUGUAAUCAACUCUGAGUUCCUGCUGUCAUCAGUUUUCGCCCAUAUUCUAAUUUCUAUGGCUGCUAAAAAUUAUUCGGAUAUGAUUCUUCCCAAGAAAAGCCUCUAAUAACAGAAAAUAAGUUUGCUUGGUGUUGAUUAUGCAUUAUUAGUUUACUCCAACUUGUGUAUUCUAGGUGGGAAUUUUUCUCCUUGGUAUGAGGAAGCAGUAUUUGAACUACCGUUGCUGUUAGUGAUUCCCCUUUUAUCGAAGCCUUGUAUAGAAACUGAAUGAACAUUACAGUUAACUUUCCCACCAGUUGAUAGUUUGCAAAAGUUUAUUGCCUUGUGGGCUGUAUUGAUGCGCUCCUGGAAAAGGGAUUAUGCUAAUUGUUCUUUUACGAAACUGAAUAGUCAAGUGACCUUUCAUAAUCAGUGAUUAAGAGAUCCAUGGAUGACUUUUGGAGUUUAAUUAUUGUGAGAUAGGAGGUGCACUCAUCUGUUUCUUAUAAAAUUUUCCUUGUUUUCCUCUUCAUCUCUGUUUUUCUUCCUUACUUUUUACUUCCAACUUUUUCCUUACUGCUAUAAUUGAUCUGUUAAUGACCAAAUCUAAAAUUGGAUGCUGAAAAAUUGGGAUUCUUGGACAAAAAAGGGUAACAGUAAGAAUGAAACAAAUACUUAGUUAUUCUGUUAGAUAUAUUAAUCUUGAUACAGUUAGAUCAAUGUUCAUUCAGGUGGAUUUACGACGCAUGCAGCAUAGUGUAAGCUUGGUUUUUAUCUCCACAACUAGUAUUAAAUACUGGAGUAAGAAUCAACUCAUGCUCCUUGAUAAGUCUUUUCUGGAGGAAAUUUGUUUUUUCAAUUGCUUUAGCAAAAGGUUUUGAUGCUUCUUAAAGAUUGAGUCAAAGUCGCAGUUCUUUCAUUGUGAUUCCCUUAGCAAGCUCUUGUUCAAAAUAUUUGGACUUUAUAUUCACAUCUGCUGCAUGUUUCUCCCAUUAAAAAAACAUCUAUCAAGUUAUCGGGGCCAGAAAAAGGUGUUCAGAAGAGAGUUUUAUCUUUAGGAAUUCAGGAACCAGUCGAAAGUGGACCACUAUGCAUUUCCAAUUUCCAAUAGUCCCAAAGUUUCUUCUUUGUGUUGUUUCCUCAACCUUAAAAAAAAAGGGAACCCCUCUGUCUUUUCUCUCUUUAUGUUCCUAUAUAUAGAGGAGACAUAUAUGUGCUUGCUUCAACUUCAUAGAAGCCAAAAGAUUUGGAUUUCGUGAUCAGUUCAAUAUAAUGGAAAACGCGAUGAACCCUUCGAGCAACAACAUUUGCUUUUGUAGCUGCCUGCACUCCCUCUCUCAAACACCUUAUAAACUUAGGAAGAGACUGUUAGCUACAUGGACCCCAGACCAGGAACUGAACCAAGUGAGGCUGAGGUCGGGUUCAGAUAUGAAACGAAAGCUCUCUUUGUUCGAUUUAGUUGCUCUUGGCUUAGGAGGAAUGCUUGGAGUUGGAGUGUUUGUCACCACUGGUCCUGUAGCUCGCUCUACAUCUGGUCCUGCUGUCUUUAUCUCCUACAUUAUUGCUGGAAUAUCGGCUCUCCUUUCUUCCAUGUGUUAUACGGAAUUCUCCAUCGCGAUUCCUGUUGCUGGGGGUGCUUUCAGUUAUCUGAGAGUGACCUUUGGGGAGUUUGUUGGUUACUUAGCUGGUGCAAAUAUACUGAUGGAAUACGUGUUGUCUAAUGCUGCGGUUGCAAGAAGUUUUACAGAAUAUUUUAGUGGUACAUUCGGCGUGGAAGACCCCAACUCGUGGAGGAUUGAAAUUCAUGGGUUUAUUGAUGGUUAUAACAAGUUGGAUUUCUCGGCAGUUGCUCUUAUUCUUCUUUUGACUCUAUUCUUGUGUCAUAGUACUAAGGAGAGUUCGAUGCUGAAUCUUACAAUGACAAUAUUCCAUGUUAUCUUCUUCGGGUUUAUAAUUAUUGCUGGUUUUUUGAUUGGGAAUCCGAAGAACUUGGUAAGCUCUCCAGGAGGCUUAGCUCCUUUUGGUGUUAAAGGAGUGGUUGAUGGAGCCGCCAUAGUUUAUUUCAGCUAUAUUGGCUACGAUUCCGUCUCAACACUCGCAGAAGAAAUCAAAGAUCCUUCAAGGAACCUGCCAGUGGGGAUUGUGGGGUCUGUUCUUGUUGUUUCAUCCAUUUAUUGUCUUAUGGGCUUGGCCUUGUGUGUCAUGGUUCCAUAUAAUGAGAUAUCAAAAAGAGCUUCAUUUGCAAUGGCUUUUCAUAAGUUGGGAUGGAAAUGGGCAAGCCAUUUUGUUAGUGUCGGUGCAAGUUUGGGGAUUGUGGCAUCCCUUUUGGUGGCUAUGCUUGGCCAGGCAAGGUACCUCUGCGUUAUUGCAAGAGCCAGGCUCGUGCCCGUGUGGUUAGCUAAGGUUCAUCCUUCAACAGGCACUCCCUUAAAUGCUACUCUAUUCUUGGGGAUAUGCACUGCGUCAAUUGCUCUCUUCACUGACUUGGACAUAGUGCUGGAUCUAAUAUCUAUCGGCACGCUCCUUGUAUUCUACCUGGUGGCAAAUGCUCUUAUAUACAGGCGCUAUGUAAUAGUGAGCAGCAACCCGCCACUCCAUAUCCUACUAUUCCUCCUCUUCCUCACAACUCUUUCUCUUGGUUUCGCGUUUUCAUGGAAGUACGAGCAACAAAUGUGGGGAUUACCUUUGUUUGGUGGGUCCUUGAUCACCAUAACCGCUAUAUUCCACUACACGGUGCCUUCGCGUAGGCAGGAGCUCGAGUGGUCAGUGCCUCUGAUGCCAUGGCCUGCUGCCAUAUCAAUAUUUCUCAAUGUCUUCCUUAUCACAACCUUGAAGAUCUUGUCAUUUCAAAGGUUUGGUGCUUGGACAUGUUUCUUAAUAUUGUUUUAUGUACUAUAUGGUGUUCACUCUACCUACCGCGCUGAGGAAAUGGAAAUAGAGAUGGUAACAGAGAUCAAUGGAGCUGGCACAAACUUGGGAGUUUCUCAGGAAAGAAAAAUAGACAUACAACAUUAGAAACGACAACUACCUCGUUGUGCUUUAAUGCCAUUUUUUUGUGCUAUUAUUUAGUAUUAUUAUGGCGAUAAUCUUGAGCCAUUUUAGUAGAAAUCCACUCUUUCAUACGCAACUGAAAGAAAUUUCAUGCUAGUAUUGCUUCAUAUAAACUUCACUUUUGACUUUGUAAUUGUAAAUGUAGGAGUAAAUUGGAUGGAUUAAAUGUAAAUUGGAUGAAGUAUUAUUCAAUGUCCAAUUCCAAUUUGAAAUCUUCUAGACUUAAAUUUUUGACUCUCUUGUUAUGUAUUCUUUUUCUAACAUAUCUAGUCAUAUAAUUUGAAAGAUUCAAGUCCUUAAUAGCAACAACUUUUCACCCA